AUGAGCUACCGGGAGGACAUGGGUCCCAGCUCGCCCCUUAAUAGCCAUGGCAGCUUUGACGACGAGUAUACCCUACGAGAACUCUCAACGCCGGAGCUCGAGAAGCGCCGGUUUCUCUACGCGGAUAGCCCUACUAGGGAAGACUUCCUCAGCCACGAUGAGCUCUAUUCGAGACGGUGCAACAAACCAUGUGCUGCGCGCAGAGGAGUUUGGUUCUCGAUGCUUCGAUUUGCCAUCUUUUCUCUGCUCAUCUUUGUCUCCGUUGCAUAUUACUUUUGGUCGAUAAUACCUAAUGAACCAUCAGACAAAGUCCCUCCUCGCCCGGUGUCGCCGCCUCUCUGCGAAUCGCCUGAAUGUAUUCAUGCUGCGUCUGAGAUUCUUUAUAACCUCGACCCCAAUCAUGGCAAACUCGAUCCGUGCACCGAUUUCGAACAAUAUGUGUGCGGGGGCUGGAGAGAGCGUCAUGAUCUGCGGCCCGACCAGGGUUCUAUGUUCACUGGGACUCUUAUGGCCGAAGCAGCUGACAUGCGUCUUCGCCAUAUUCUAGAGUCUACAAGUGUCCCGGAGGCCGCGGAUGAGGAGAACUUCAAGAAACUGAAGGCAGCUUACAGUGCCUGCUUGGAUGAAGCCGCGAUCAACAAGCGUGGUAGCCAGCCGUUGGAUGCUUUGUUGGCCCGUUUUGAGCAUAUAUAUACCUCUGGGUCUGGUUCUUCUGCUUCCGAUGUCAACGUCACGGAUGCAGUGUUAUUUCUUAAACAAUCCGGUGUCAUUGCGCUGGUUGAUUUGGAUGUUGGUGCCGAUGAUCGUGAUCCGGACUCAGUCAUUAUAUCGGCCGCUCCUCCAUACGAGAUCGGUCUUCCAGUUAGAGAGUACUACAACAGUUCUGAGACGGUCACUGAGUACACCAAGGUGAUGAAACAUGUUCUCGGCAAGUUCGUGGGAAACAAGAUGGAUAUCCCCGUUGAAGAUAUUGUUCUCUUCGAGUCAAAGCUCGCGAACGCGACACCAGACACGCAGAGUAUGCAAGAUGUGGAAAAGUACUACAACCCUCACACUCUCAAGGAGGCCGAGUCUAUGUUACCACAGAUAUCCCUGUCCGACAUGAUUUCAGCGCUGUCGCCUCCGGACUUCAAAACGGACCGCUUGAUUGUGGGUUCACCUUCGUACAUGAAAUCGUUGUCCACCAUUUUGAACAAAACUCCCCGAAAGACGGUCGAGUUGUUCUUCAAGUGGAAGAUCAUCCAAACAUACGCCGACGAGAUCGAAGAUGCUAAGAUCACGCCACUUCGCCAGUUCUCGAACAAGCUAGCUGGCAAAGACCCGAAAGCCACCCCUGAACGCUGGAGAACAUGCAUCAAGUCAUUAGAUCGCGGACUUGGAUGGAGUCUCAGUCGUUUCUAUGUCCUUGACUCCUUCUCCAAGGAAGCAAAGGACCUCGGUGACCAAGUGGUGUCGGACAUCAAGGAACGCUUCGUCAACAUUCUCCACCAGACCACUUGGAUGUCGCCCGAGGUGAGAAAGUUGAGCAUCCAGAAAGUCGGCAACAUCGUUCAGAAGAUUGGGUACCCCACCAAGAGCCCCAAUGUGAUGGACCCAGCAAGCAUCGAGACGUAUUACCAAGAUCUUCAGGUAUCAAACGAAACAUAUUUUGAGAACGAGAUGGCGGCCGCCAAAUUCCAGCUCCAGCGAGAGUGGUCGAAGUUGGGCAAGCCCACCAAUCGCAACGAAUGGGGUAUGACUGCUACGACCGUGAACCCAUACUACAAUCCUCCUCUACAAGAGAUCGUUUUUCCGGCGGCAAUUAUGCAAUCCCCAGCAUUCUACGGGCCCUCUGCGCCGCUGUACCUGGCCUACGGGGCAUUCGGCGCGAUCAGUGGUCAUGAACUCUCCCAUGCCUUUGAUUCGACAGGUAGGCACUACGACCAGACCGGGAAUUAUACCGACUGGUGGGAUGAAAAGACGGUGCAGGGAUUCCAGGAGCGCGCGCAAUGCUUCACCGAUCAGUACUCUAAUUUUACGGUUCCAGGAGAGAACGGGGAGCCGCUGCAUGUCAACGGACUGCUUACGCUUGGAGAGAACAUUGCGGACGCCGGCGGGAUUGGAGCGGCCUUCCAUGCCUGGAAAAAGAGAGACGAAACCUCGCCUGAUCCGCACCUCCCGGGGCUUUCCCAUUUGACCAAGGAGCAGCUGUUCUUUGUUUCGUACGGGACCUGGUGGUGCAGUAAGACGACCAAGCAAGCGGCCAUUCAGGCGGUCUAUAAUGAUCCGCAUGCCCCCAAGCCUGCACGAAUCUUGGGAACGAUGGCCAAUUCCCGCGAAUUCAAUGAGGCGUUCAACUGUCCCACCAAGAAGCCUGUGUGCAAGCUCUGGUAG